CCCAUAAAUAAAAAAUCAGUGGCACAAAAUUUUGUCCCCGUUUCCCUUUCUCUUCACUUUCUCCCCUCUCUUUUCUCUUCAGUCUUUCGCGGCUUCUGCGUCUUCAAUUUGUUGACUAAAGCCUCUGUUUGGUUCGUGAGAAAAUUUGGCACAAGAAAGCUGAGUUGGUGGCUGAGUUCCCAACUCCAAUUUAAAGUCCAAGCUAUCUAAUCAGUUGGACAAAGAUGUCGGAUCACAAGGCCAAUAUUAUCGACGGCAAAGCCAUCGCUCAAACCAUCCGCAAUGAAAUCGCCUCUGAAGUCCACUAUCUCUCAAACAAACACGGCAAGGUCCCGGGGCUGGCUGUAGUGAUCGUGGGCAACAGGAAGGAUUCUCAAAGCUAUGUGAGUAUGAAGAGAAAGGCAUGUGCCGAAGUUGGGUUUAAGUCAUUUGACAUAGACCUUCCAGAGCAAGUUUCUGCAGCUGAUUUGGUCGCUAAGGUUCAUGAGUUAAAUGCAAAUCCUGAUGUACAUGGCAUAUUGGUUCAACUUCCAUUGCCGAAGCAUAUAAAUGAAGAGAGAGUUCUGACUGAAAUCAGCAUUGAGAAGGAUGUAGAUGGCUUUCAUCCACUAAACAUUGGCAAGCUUGCAAUGAAAGGCAGAGAACCCUUGUUCCAUCCUUGCACCCCCAAGGGGUGUCUUGAACUUCUGUCACGAAGUGGUAUAACUAUAAAGGGGAAAAAGGUAGUCGUGGUGGGUCGAAGUAACAUUGUUGGACUGCCAGUUUCACUGCUGCUUCUGAAAGCAGAUGCUACAGUUACCAUAGUCCAUUCACAUUCUCAAGAUCCUGAAAGAAUAAUUCGUGAAGCAGACAUCAUUAUUGCAGCAGCAGGGAAGGCAAUGAUGGUCAAAGGCAGUUGGAUCAAACCGGGUGCUGCAGUUAUUGAUGUUGGCACAAAUGCAAUCGAUGACCCGAGUAAGAAGUCAGGGUAUAGGCUAGUUGGAGAUGUUGAUUUCCAGGAAGCAUGUAAGGUAGCCGGAUGGAUAACUCCUGUUCCAGGUGGUGUGGGUCCAAUGACUGUUGCAAUGCUAUUGAAGAAUACUUUGGAAGGUGCUAAGCGUGUAAUUGAACCUUAAAUCCAUGUCUUUGCUCACUUUCAUAAUAAGAUGUCUAUGUCACAAUCCAUCAUCGAAUUUUGCUUCUUUGCUUGUAUGAAUUGUAUAUGAUGACAAUGUUUUGUAAGUGCCAAUGAAGCAAUGAGUACGGCUAAGAUGACAAAUUUAUUUUAAUUUUGUUUUAUUUGAUCUUCAAAGCAAAUGUAUUUUUACUAUUGGUUUAUUGGAAUUUAGUUUAAUUUUU